AUGCCACGUGUCAGGCAACCUGGCAGCGCCGUCCUGGUGCGCGCGUCCACGUCAGCAGCUGAGUCAUCCCCUCUUUUCCUGGGAUUUGACUUCGGCACGUCCGGGGCACGUGCUGUUGUUAUUGAUGGCGACGCCGCAAUUCUGGCUGACAUCAAGAGGAAAUACCCUCCUGCCGCCCAUGCUGAGUCAGCAUCCGAGUCAGCAGUCGGCAGCAGCAGCGAUCCGGACGAUGACGUGUCAGCAGCGGAGGGGUGGCGGGUGGCGUUGUUUGGACUGUUGCGCGACAUUCCCGAGGAGUUGAGGCGGCGAGUGGCUGCAGUAUCGCUGGACGGCACGUCCGCCACCACCAUGGUGGUCAACCGGUGA